UUUGCCGCUUUCAGAGAGUGCAUAGAAAGAAAGAAAGAAAGAGAGACGACGACGAAAAAAGAGUUUCGCGCGAUUCGCCGGAGAUGACACAGCUCGGUGGCUCCGAUCAGAGUUUCUCGCACGGGGAACAAGAAGAAGACGGCGAAGAAAACCUCUGCCGGAUUUGUCGAUCACCGGAAAAACCAGGAAACCCGCUGAUGCAUCCCUGCUCGUGUCGAGGCUCAAUCAAGUACGUCCACCACGAUUGUCUCCUCAUCUGGCUCAAUCGCCGCGGAUACAAGCAAUGCGAGGUAUGUGGAAGAAGCUACUCUUACGUUCCAGUUUACUCCGAGAGUGCUCCAGAGAGGCUUCCUUGUAAGGAGUUUCUGAUUGAAGUGUUACUGAGAGCUGUCAAGUUGAUUGUUCCUUGGCUUGCUGUGAUGCUCCUCAACACAUACUUCGUUUCUUUCCAUCCUUGGGCUCAACAACUUGCUGCUGCUCACUCCCGGAAUGAUUCUUGGAUGUCUCGGCGACUCGCUUACUGGCACCCUGGCCUGUUAUACUCCAUUCUUGUGGUGUCUUUCAUGACUAUGAUGACCACUAUUAUGGUGACGGAAGUAGGAGAUGUCGAUGUCAGGAGAUUUGGCCGAGUAGUGGAGGUGCUAUGGAAGCAUAUGACGAUCCUUUGCGUUUGGUAUCACCGUAAGCUCGGACGCGUCUUCGACCAACCUCAAAGACCGAUUGUGCACGCGGAGAUUCAUGAGUUUGGGGUUAUCCGGGAGCUGCUCUUCUUUCUGGAUGAUGAUGCCUUUGCUCUUCUUGCCAUCAGCGUAUAUGUGUCUACCCUCUUUGUUCUUCUGCCAGUUUGGAUUGGAUGGGCUGUAUUAGCAACUGUUGGAGGCAGCUUUCUGUUUGGAAACUCUCCUGUUACGCUUGGAUACGUGACGCUGCUGUCAACUUGCUUUGCUUACUUCACUCUCCCUCUCAUCCCAUUUCCAGCCAUAGUCCGGUGGGUUUCUCUGGGAGUUCACUUCACAGCACUGAAACUGCCAUGUCUUCUCUGGGAUUUCUCUGUAAAAUCCUGCAAAGCCCUUCAAAGUCAAACCUCGUUUCCAGCCAUAGUCAAGUGGUUUUCCUUGGGAUUUCACUACAUAGCAGUGAUCUUGCCACCUCUCUUGUGGAUUUUUAUUAAGGAAGCUUCCGUAUUGUGUUUCAAAAUUGGUGUUGUGCCUUGGAUGAUUGGCUAUUGGCUCGAAAUCUGCACCUCCCCUUUGUUUGGAACGAGCUUUUUCCUGAGAUUUGAGACUCUUUCAGACUUCCCCGGCAUGACGACCUUACGUUGGGUUGCUGGUACCCUUUGCUUGUUUGUUGCUGAGUCUUUCAUGAAACGUAUACAGGAGAUUGUUCAUAAACGAGCCUUUUGGUAUCUCGUAGAUGUCACAGAUCCAGACUACGAUAUCACCAAAAUGAACUUUGGUUACACUCUCUUUGCGCUUGCUUCUCAUUGUGUAUCGUUGGUGAUUAUGUUUCACUUACCAAUUAGAGCAAUUACACUUAUCAGUCCAUCGUUUUUCCCUCUUGUGUUAUGGAUCAUGGACGAAAAGGUUUCUUUGGGUGCACGCUUUGUUUAUUUCAGACUGCUGAUGUCAUCCCCCAAGUGGUUGAUAGGACUUACCAAACCAGCUGUGGAACUCUUAGUUCAGAAGUGGGUUAUCACUGUUAGUUCUUGGCUUGAGCUGAGUGAUUUCUUGCUGGUUGCGCCUAGAGGAGAGGACUUGGAUCAAAAUGUGAGACCAGUGAUGCAACCAAGAAGUUUCCUUCUGUUUUGUUCCCUAGCUGAAGGCUCUAUGGUCACUUUACACGGAUCUCAGAAUGAUGAAGACGAUGUUAAAGACCAAAGAGAUAACAGGUUUCUGCUGAGGAUUGUACUGAUGUUGAUGCUAGCUGCUUUGAGUCUGUUCAUCGUUAGUACAGCCUUCAUGGCUUUACCUAUUUUGCUGGGGAGAGUUUUCCUUGAGUUCAUCUCUUCCCUAAUGCUAAGAUACUUUGGACUCAAACGUGACGAUCUUUGUGCUUUUUGGAUUGGAUAUAGUACCUUGGAAGAGAUCUAUACCUUCACUUGCUUUGCAUAUGAUCAAAUUCACAAGGGAAGAAUCGAUGUGCUUCUCAGAGAUAUACGAAAUGGGUUGCUUUUCUUCAUCUGGAUCACUGUCGUACCGGGACUGCUCGGUUUACUAAUCGACCUUAUGAUCAUUAUACCAACACGAGUACCACUAGACGAAUCACCUGUCUACUUCUUGUUCCAAGAUUGGCUGAUAGGAGUAGUGGUGCUUCACAUAUGGGCCUUGCUGACGAUGCUCACGCCAAUCAACCGGUUUGCGACCAAGGCAUUGAGAAGAAAGUUUGAAAGAAUCAGAACUGUGGGAAUUGAUAGGCUUCCUUCGAUGUGGCUGCUUCGAGAAGUGAUCGGUUCCAUUGCAAUCACACUUCUGAUCACACUCUCCUUUCCUUACCUGCUCGUGAAGUAUCUGAUUCCGUUGCUUGGGUAUCAAGAAAGCGUCAAUUCAGCUGUUGAGAGGCUUAUAUGGCCGGCGUUGUUUGCCUUGGUAGUGGUUUGGUUCAUGGUCAAGCUAACACGUGAAGUCGUUAUCUACGUUCACCAACUGGUCUUCAAUGAACGGUACAUGGUGGGUGAAAGAGUGGGCAAUUUGGCUGAAGAAGAUAUAGAGCUGCGUAUAUAAAUCCAUGGAGUGUGUGACAAACAAUGACUCUUUUGUUGAUAAUCAAAACAUGUUAUUGUCUUUAGUAAUGGUUAACUUUUGACCGUAACUAGAGGAAACCAGAUUUAGAUAUAAUAUGAACCAGCCGGUUCAAAGUUUUGGUUUUA